UGGAAAUUGCUAAAUAAACUGAUGCUGUCUACGCCGUACACAGUACAUUGCACCUAACAUCAAAUAUCGACAACAACAUUCCCGCUUCCAAACAUGUCUUCUCGGGCACUGCGGCGGGCUCAGAAGGAAUUAGAGGAAAAACAGCAGCUCGAACUGCUCCGUAAAGAGGAGGAGGAAGAGGAAGAUGAGUCAGAAGAGGAUGCCCCACCACCGUCACAGGCAAAGGCCAGUUUGUUUGCCAUGCUGGGGGAUGCGAACGAAGAUGAAGAAGAUGAUGAAGACAACGACCAGAGCGAAACAAACUCAAGAGCUGGAGAUUCUGAGGACGUGAAACCUGUUGCAGCCGUAGCAAAAUCGUCCAAAAAGAGCAAGAAAAAGAAAAAGAAGGGGAAGGGGAAGGCGAAAGAGAAGGAAUCGCAUAAAGCUCAUGCUUCCUCUGCAUCUAUCGACGGAAUGGACGAAAUUGAUCGCGCUCUGCUAGCCCUAAAAUUAUCAACCCAGAACUCAGGAAAGGAAGGUGACUUCGCAUCAUCUACCAUCAGUGAAGAGAUGCAACAACUUUAUUCCACCUUAGCUGUUGACACACAAUACUUGAAUGCCUCAAAUGAAAUGCGGAAACUGUUUGGCCGUGCAGCUGUACAGACCAACGACGACGAUCAAGCUGCAAGACAACGCGGGCGUGGACAGCAACACGGAAUCGCUGCCGCCACAGCUGCUGCUGCAGGUAGAAAUACCGGGGGCAGAAACCUCGCAUCCUUGGGUCUUCGCCGAAACAUUUUCAUUCAAGGCAAGGAAGAAUGGCCGCGGGCUACUUCUGGAGGGUUGGCAAUGGAGGUCGUCGAGAGACGUAACGACGGCUCGGUCGAGUACCGAUUUGUCCAUAAUACCACCUAUCAGUCGGUACAGAAAGAAUUUGAAUCAUGUGUAGCCUCCAUGGACCCUGACCGGAUGGUGCGACAUCUUCACUUCAACCCUUACCACAUUUCUACUCUUCUCCAAGUGUCUGAGAUUGCGAAGCAACAAAGAGACAACGCAACCGCAGGUGAUUUGUUGGAACGAGCAUUGUUUUCAAUGGGCAGAGCAGUGCAUUCAACAUUCUCAACAAAUUUGUCGCAAGGCAAGGCGCGCUUGGACUUUCGUCGACCAGAGAACCGCGAAUUCUGGCUCGCAGGCUGGAGAUAUAUUAGCACUUUGGGCGUUCGAGCAACCUGGCGCACCGCAUUUGAAUGGUCCAAACUUCUGUUAAGCUUGUCUCCUGAGGAUGACCCUUACUGCCUCCGUUUAGUUGUCGACCAGCUGGCUUUACGGGGUCGAGACCUGCAAGCUCUGGUGGAUCUGGUUGAUUCAGAUCAUCUACAACGAGAGUGGAAAAUUCCACCUAAUCUCGCUUUCUCUGUCGCCCUUGCGCACGACGGACUACAAAAUCCACAAAAAGCACGUUCCUCGCUGCGUCUAGCCAUCAAAGAAUAUCCGUGGAUAGCAUCCCGGUUGUGCAGAGAGCUAGAAAUCAACCCAAUUCCCAAGACGAUCUGGGGCAAGGAGCCAAACAACGAUUAUCAAGAACUACUGUGCCAACUGUACGUGCCAAAGGUGAAGGAUCUCUGGAACACGACGGCUGCCACAUCUCUCUUGGUAGAGGUUGCGUAUUCAUUCGAGGAACCGUUGGAUGCGGGAGCCAAUCCAUAUUGGCUGAGUCAAAUCGAUGAGACUAACCUAGCUCGUCAUGUCAUCCUAUCCGAUGAUCGCGAUCUACUUAGCCUUCUAGACGUGCGAUUCAAACACAAAUACACAUCUGUCUCAGACCCUCUUCCCCCGGACGAUAACAUCACUUCCUACAAUUUGACAGCAGAUCGGCAACGUAACCAAGCUCAGCUACUCACUGAGAUGGAACAGCUGCGUGACUACUUCCAACGAGUAGACCUGGGCAGUCGCAUUGAUCUGACGAAUGAGAAUAAUACACAAGAAGACUUCUUGCGGGCACUAGAACAAGCAGGAACGACGAUCCAAGAAUUCCGACGAAACACAGCCAGGGUGCAAACUGUGAGAGAUCGACUACAGGAAGUUGGAGUACAGGUAGUGUUCCAGGGGCAAGAAGAAGAUAGACCGGUCGACACAUCGGAAUCGGAGGCAGAUUGAUAGUGGUGAACACCAAAAUCUGUUCUCUCCACGGUCUCGAGCCUACUACAGAACAGCUUCGUGGCCAGAGCCGUACAUUAUCCGCGGUCUACCUCGAGGCAAAUUAGUGCUAUCCUGGUUUGUUCAAUAUCAGAAUAUCCAGUUGUGCCUCAACCCUAGAUCCUAGUAUCUCUAAUGUAUGCCCUCAGCCAAUCGCAUCUGGCCAUCAUAUACUCUGACCCCAGAAGGAGAUAUCUCGUGCUCUUCUGUGCCAGCUCCAACCUACCUCAAUUUAUAUAAUUAAUCCGGGGUACAGAAAAUCGACAAUAAUUAUCCGUGUAUAAUUCUCCGCCCCACAUUACACCAUUCGUGCUUUUAUAUGUAACAUGUAACAUGUACGUGC